AUGCUGCUUAGGCGCCCUGACGAGAUGGCCAGCCGCCAGGGCGCUGCAAAGACACAACUCGCCCGCCAGCGUGGCAGCGGCGACGAUACGCGCCAGGAGACGGGCAUUCGCACCCGGCUGUGUGUGGUGCGGGCCACGGACGCCGAGAAGGUCGAGGACGCCGCCCCGGGGAUCCAAGACUACAAUCGACGGGAAACAGGCACUCUCGAGACUUAUCAAGUUUGGAGGGCACGGGGAUCAUCCGAUGAUGACAUCGCAGCAGGCGUCAGACACCUGAGACCAGCUAUAGUCUUCGGACGGAAAUUUCGAUCGCUCGAGCACAUGGGUGAGGUUUGCUGCAAUCCCUGUCUAAAUGGCCUGACGGAUUUCGACUGCGCGCCGGAAGUCCAAGUCGAGAUUCCUUCCCAGUGA